AUGGAGAAGUUUGGGAUGAAUUUCGGGAGCGGCCCCAGCAAGAAGGAGCUGCUGGAGACCAUCGAGAGCCAGAAGAAACAGCUCCUCCAGUACCAGGCACGCCUCAAGGAUGUGGUCCGAGCCUACAAAAGCCUCCUGAAGGAGAAGGAGGCGCUGGAGGCCAGCGUCAAGGUGCUGUCCGUCUCCCACGAGGCCGAUCUGGGCCUCGCAGGGGGCCCGCCCCCGGCUCUCCUCUUCCCGGACGCCGUGGAUGACCGGUGCUCCACGCACAGCGAGGACAGCACCGGCACCGCCACCAGCUUGGAGACCACGGCCAGCCUGACCAGCAUCAAGGGUGAGUUUGGGGGAGAAGAGCCCCGGGGCCCAGCACCUCCGAAGUCUGAAGAGGCCAGUGGGUCGGAGAGUGGCGUGAGCAGUAGCAGUGGGGACGGGCCGCCAGGGCCUGCGGACGUGGACAAACGGCUGCAGCAGCUCAAGACUCAGUUGGCUACUCUGACCAGCUCGCUGGCAACCGUCACCCAGGAGAAGUCCCGCAUGGAGGCGUCUUACCUGGCUGACAAGAAGAAGAUGAAACAGGACUUAGAGGAUGCUGGGAGAAAGGCAGAGGAGGAGAGGGGCCGUCUAGAGGGAGAAUUGAAGGGUCUACAGGAGCAAAUUGCAGAAACCAAAGCCCGGCUUAUUACUCAACAGCACGACCGGGCCCAGGAGCAGAGCGACCAUGCCUUGAUGCUGCGGGAACUCCAGAAACUGCUGCAGGAGGAAAGAACACAACGCCAGGACUUGGAGCUGAGGCUGGAGGAGACCAGAGAAGCUCUGGCAGGUCGAGCCUUUGCAGCAGAUCAGAUGCAGGGGUUUGAACUGCAGACCAAGCAGCUGAACCAGGAGGUAGAAGACCUGAAAGGUGAGCUGCAGGCACUUCGGGACAAGAAGAAUCAGCCAGAUCCCCGGCUCCAGGAGCUUCAGGAAGAGGCCAUCUGCCUGAAGAGUCAUUUCCAGGCCCAGUUACAGCAGGAAAUGAGGAAGACUGCCCUUGUAGAGGAUCAGCUCCACCGGCUGUCUCAGGUAGAAGAGCAGAGGGUGGCUUCCCUAGAGAAUCAGAUCUCUGAGCUGUCUGAACUUCUAGGCACCUAUGAGAAAGGCAAGCAUAAGGACCAGUUGACCAUCCAGAAGCUGAAAGAACGCAUCCUGCAGCUGGACUUGGAGAACAAAACGCUGGCUCUUGCCGCCUCUAGUCGCUCUCCACUGGACAGCCACGGAGAUGAGUCUAGUCUGGAUGUUAAUGUCCUGAAGGACAAGAUGGAGAAGCUGAAGAGGCUGCUGCAGGUGGCAGCCCGGAAAAGCCAGGUGACUUUUGAUGUGGAGAAAGUCUGUGACCUAGAGAUCAUGCCCAGCUCUGAGGCUGCCGACGGUGAGAAGGCCACUUCACUCUACUACCAGCAGGAGCUGAAACAGCUGAAGGAAGAGUUUGAGAGGUACAAGCUGAGGGCCCAGGUGGUCCUCAAGAGCAAGAACACCAAAGAUGGGAACCUGGCAAAGGAGCUGGAGGAUGCCCAGGAGCAGCUGGCAGAGCUGAAGGAGAAGUAUAUCUCCUUGCGGCUGUCCUGCGACGAGCUGGAGCGCCAGCACCAGCGGGAGACCGAGGACUGGAAGCAGGAGCAGGCCCGACUGCAGCAGCUGCAUCGGCAGAAACUGGAGCGGAGCCAGCUGGACUUCAGGGAGCGCACCCUGAAACUGGAGGAGGAGCUGCACAAGCAACGGGACCGCACCCUGGCUGUGCUCGCUGAGAAGGACCUGGAGCUGGAGCAGCUGCGUGCUGUGGCCCUGUCCUCGAGCUUGUCGGGACGCAGAAGCCCUGUGGGCAGUGGGGGUCCUGGGGACCUGGUGGAGACUGCUUCUAUGGAUAGCUUGACCCAAGCCCUGCAGCUUGCCGCUGCUAAUGAGCCCACAUUCUUCUUGUAUGCUGAGCAGCUGGCACGCAAGGAGGUGGAGAUCAGCUCACUGAGGAAGCAGAAACACAGGCUGGAGGUGGAAGUACGGCAGCUGCACGACCGGCUCCUGGAGGAGGGGGAGCAGCAUCGGGAGGAGGUUGGAGCCCUACAAAGCCACAUUGAAAAGAAUAUCCGGGACCAGAGCCGGGAGGGUGCUAAUCUGGAGUACCUCAAAAACAUCAUUUAUCGCUUCCUCACCCUGCCAGACUCCCUGGGUCGCCAGCAGACACUCACCGCCAUCCUGACCAUCUUGCACUUCAGUCCAGAGGAGAAACAAGUGAUCAUGCGGCUCCCGGCUGGCGGUAGCUGGUGGCCUUCCAGCAAGAGAUGAUGUUUUCCCAACCUCUGGAAAUCUUUCUGUGCUGCUUUUGUGAGAAGGGACGAGAAGGGACAGGCUCUGGCUUCCUGUCUUCUCUGCUUCUGCUCCUCCAUAGGCAUUGUUGUCUUCAAUGGAAUUGAAGGAAUUGGAAUCGGGAGGAGCCUUCAGUGUGGAGAGGGAUUUUCUGCUAAAUGCCAAUAAUGCCACUUUCUUCUGGGGCCCAGAAAUGCUGAAGUUGGUCAGCAUCUUUGGGGUGUAUGUGAGUGAGAGGCAGUGGAGGGA